GACGGAGGAAAAAAAAAACUUGUCCUUGUUCAUCUCACUUUCAUCUCGUGCCAUCGCCGUAUUUUUCGUCUAGCAUCGUCGGUUUCUUCAUCUGAUUUGCGUCUCAUAUAAUUGUCUUUUAGUCCUAGCAUCGUCAAUUUCUGUCGCAUCCAAUCUCAUCUCACCAACUAGCUGCAUCUUUCUCUCCAUCUCUAUCUUUAUCUUCCUCCCAUCUCCAACAGAACCAUCACCGCCAAAUGUCCAAUCCAGGCGACCCCGGCUGGAAAUGGUUCCCCAACGACAAGCCCUCAUGGCGCCUCGACGUCGUCACGCUUCUCGCCGUCAUCGGAGAGUCGGCCAUUGCCGAGCACUCCCAGACAAUCACCGCCUCGCUGCUCUGCAUGCUGCCCCGUCUGCUGCCCGCGCCCCAGGCCCUGCUGAAGCCAUCGCGGCCAACUCGACUCCCCGAGACUCACGCCAAGAUGGCCGGCGUCUACAGCGGCACCAUCCUGGAUUCGGUGGGGUUCUUCGCUAAUAUCAUCACGCCGCUGGAUGCUCUGCCGCCGUACAGCUUCAUGGUGCUGGACAUUCAGCACGCGCCGUCUGUGCUGCCGCCGAUUACCAAUGCGAACCAGCAUCACCACCAGCAUCAGGACGAAGAUGGUCUGCGAGGCUUCAUUACUAGAUACGUGCCUUGGGCUCAUAAACGGAGCGUGCCAGACGCUUCUUUGGGAGGGCUUUCUAGAAGCAAAGAGACGGAAAAGGCGUUGGAUCGUCGGGUCACGCCGCCAAAGAUCGCUGGACCACCACACGAAGUCGACAUUGAGUCCCAGUCAAGAACUCCAACUGUGAGAUUCAACUCCGAGGUUGAAAUCAACGGGCACCCUGCACCGCUUCGCCGACGCACCACCGAGAAAUUCCAGGAUCUGCUUUCGACUGGAACCAUGGCCGUGACGGGUGGUCGGCCCAUUGUCCCUCCGAAACUUCUCUCGCCUCUGCAUAUCCUCUCCGCUUUUUCCUUCUUUCUCAGCAUCGCCAUUCUCGUUGCCGCCGUCAUAUGGCAGGACGGCACCGCAAUCAUCGCCAUCACGCUCAUCUCCUCGGCUUCAACCGUCGUUGGCUACGCUUCCUCCUGGCGGCCAAUCCUCAUGCAACGCAGGCACACUAACGAUGUACCCCGCGGCGAUGUCAUGAUACGCACCCGAGAGGGAGCUUUUGUAUUAGUUCGCUGUCCAGAAGACGUUGCUCGCGAGCUUUACUCUGGAACAGAAGAGUGUGAGUACUAUGUCGGCGAGAGAGCCUACAGGUUCUUCAUGGCGCUCGGCACAAUUCUUCUCAUGUUUAGUGUCGUGCUCCUCGGAAACUGCACUUGGAACUCGCAAAUCUUUAUAGGAGGAUCGUACAUUGUCCUCAACGGGCUGUACUGGGGUCUGGGCAUGAUUCCUCGGACAUAUUUCUGGGAUCUAUCGCGCUAUACCUGGGACGACGUCACCGAGGAAGACGGCCAGAAUGCUGAUUCCGUUACUGACCGGGAUGACGAACGCGAGGGCCACCCGAGCUUUACACGGACCUUGUGGUAUGCUAUACGCGAGACAAAGGCAAUUGGCUGGGUCGAGCGCAGUGGUGCAGCACCGGGCACGCCGCAGUGGCAGCAGUGGCUCGGUGAGGCACUGCAUAAUGCAAAGAUUGGCAAUCGAGGCUGGGAGGCCGUCAGAAGGAAAAAUGAGAUUAUGACGCAGGCGAGCAAAGAGGGAGGCGAUCCUGCGACACAGAGAGCGCCUGCAACUGAAGUUCAGGUUGCUGGAACGGGCACGGGAACGACGAGGGCGACGUUUUAAAGUGAAGUAUCUCGUUGUCUUUGUGUUUGACGGGAUCUGCUAUAUUUUGAAGGAAAUGAUCAUAUAUGGUUGGAUUUAUUGCGUUUUAAUUGUCUUGGCGGGCUUUGAGAUUUUGGCAUUGCAUUGAGUCUACACGAAAGAGGACGGAUUUACGAGACGAUGUACUGGAUAAACUAAUGGCGUUACGAUUGUUAUAUACCACUUAGCAGGCAUUGGGUAUUGGAAUUGGAUACAACGGAUACAGUCUAUAUAGACACGUGACGAAACAAGCGAGUAAGAUCAAGAGACCUAAUAUGUCAUCAUCAUAUCACGAGAUUAUAUAUAUGGAA